AUGAUUUAUGAAGGAAUUACAUCCAUCGUACACAGUGGUAUAAGAUGUUGCUAUUUAAGAAUUCUAUAUAAAAAGUGGAAAUGGACCAUCUAUUUAAAGGAACAUUUUUGAAAAUGUUGAUUAUGACAUAUAUGAGAAAUAAUUAAUUGAUGAAAUUAAAACUAAAAUGAAAGAAAAAGGUUUACAAAUAAAAUUAAAAAGAAGUAUAUUAUUGAAAAUGUUAAUGGCUGCCUAAUAUAAUAUUGAAAAAGCAAUUAUUGUAUGUCAUUUUUUAUACUAAAAGUACUUUAGAAUUGCUAGUCUCAUUUAAAUUUUCUAUAAGAAUACUCAAAGCAAGAUUAUGUUAAUGAAUUAAGAAAAGGGCAUCUAUAUGUUUGUGGAUUUGACAAUUAAUUUCGCCCUGUUAUUGUAAUUAGAUAAUAUUGUGAUAUAAAAAUAAUUGCUUACUUUUUAGAAACUGUUAAAAGAUAGUUAUUAAUUGAUUAUUAUGUUGAAAAUUGGACAGUGAUCCUAGAUUUAGAUACUGAUUUGCCAAUAAUAGAAUUAGAUGAUUUAUUAUAUUUGUAAUUGCAUUUUUAUGGGAACUUAAAUAAGAUUUUAAUAGUUAAUGGACCAGAUGAUAUAGAUGAUAUUGUCAAAUAGUUCAUUGGUAUUUAUAAUAUAGAUUAAAAUUAUAGAAAAAAUAAAAGAUUUAUAGGUUAAAAUAAAAAUUAUAUCAGAAUAUUAAUAAAUAUUAUAAUAUAUUCCAAAAGAAUAAUUAGAAAUCAAAUAUGGGGGUGAUUUUAAUAAUGUUGAAUUAUUUUGGUAAAAUGAUAAAUUUAUUAUAGGCCAAUUUUGAAAAGAGAGACUCAUACUGGAACAAAUAAAUUAUUAAAGAAGAACUCUCAUUUGUCAAUAAAUUCUAUGGGAAGUUCAAUCAACAAAAAACCAAGCUUUAUGAAGAUUACAGUAUUAGAGGAAAAUGGAAAUCCUUUAUUGAAUCAGUAAGUUGAAGUAUUUGAAGAUUAGAUAGAAUCAUAAUAAGGAGAACAAUAAUCAUAAUAGAAUAAUUUUUAAUAGUAAUAAUAAUAAUAAUAAUAAUAAUAAUAAUAAUAAUAAUAAGAAGAUUGUGAAGAGAAAUCUAAAUCAUAUCAAAGCUCGACAACAAAAAAAUAAGAUCAAUAAUUUAUAUAAAUUGAUGAUGAUGAAGAUGAUUUAAUUGAAAUGGAAAGUGAAAAUAUGGAAAAACGAAAUGGCAAAAAAUAAAUUACUAAAAAAUAUGGUGAAGCAACUAAAACUACUACUUAUUCCUAAAAAUAAACAAUUUUAGAAGGUGAAAAAGAAAUACCAUCUUCAUUUUCUUGUUGUUCUAGAUCUUGUUCAAUAUUUUGAAUUUAGACAAUAA